GUAAACCAAAAAUCUGAUAUAGAAAAGAAUGAGGAAAUACAAUUGUUCACAACGAACAGUGAUUAUUAACAUUAACAAAUAUAACCUUAUAUUCGCCUUUAUUUUAAGUUAAUUAUUGGAGUGCAAGUCGCAAAAGAUGCGCUUUUAAGUUUUGCGAGUUAAUUAGAGGCAGCCGAGGUUAGUUUCAACCUAACAGGGCAGCAAUUCGGUCAGGUCAUAUGAUAAUAUUUUCCUAUAACAUAUGUUGAGUCAGGAAUUCGGAAAAUAUCAUUUUACGAUUUAAUCAGUCAAUUCUAAAUAAAACCAACAAGUUGAAGAAACAGAUGAAUCAGAUGGAUCAUUCCGCUCAAGCAGAUCAGUUGGAAUCUCUCGGGAUCGGAUAUCGAGAUAAAUAUCAAAGAACGGGAGCAAUAAAGGAUUUGGAAACAGCUAUUCAACAAUUCCAAGAAGCUCUUGACGCCACACCAGAGAAUCAUUCAGCUCGAGCAGGUCGACUUCAUUUUCUUGGAGUUGGAUAUCGAGAUAGGUAUCAAAGAACAGGAGCAAUAAAGGAUUUGGAAACAGCUAUUCAGCGAUUCCAAGAAGCUCUUGAUAUCACACCAGAGAAUCAUUCAGAUUUUGCAGGCCGACUUAAUACUCUUGGGGUUGGAUAUCGAGAUAGGUAUCAAAUAACAGGAGCAAUGGAGGAUCUGGAAACAGCUAUUCAUCGAUUCCAAGAAGCUCUUGAUAUCACACCAGAGAAUCAUCCAAAUCUCGCAAGUCGACUUCAAUGUCUUGGGAUCGGAUAUCAAGAUAGAUAUCGCAGAAUGGGAGAAAUAAAAGAUUUGGAAACAGCUAUCCAACGAUUCCAAGAAGCUCUUGAUGCUACACCAGAGAAUCAUUCCAUUCGAGCAGAUCGGUUUCAAUCCCUUGGGAUUGUAUAUAAUGAUAGAUAUCAAAGAAUAGGAGCAAUAAAGGAUCUAGAAACAGCUAUUCAACAAUCUCAGAAAGCUGUUGAUGCAACACCAGAGUAUCAUCCAGCUCGAGCAGGUCGAUUGGAGGCUCUUGGGGUUGGAUAUCGAGAUAAAUAUCACAGAAUAGGAGCCAUGGAGGAUCUGGAAACAGCUAUCCAACAAUUCCAAGAAGCUCUUGACACCACACCAGAGAAUCAUUUAGAUCUUGCAGGUCGAUUUAAUUCUCUUGGAGUUGGAUAUCGAGAUAGAUAUCAAAGAACAGGCGCAAUAGAAGAUCUGGAAAUGGCUAUUCAACAAUCUCAGAAAGCUGUUGAUGCAACACCGAAGAAGCAUUCAGUUCGAGCAGGUCGAUUGGAGUCUCUUGGGAUUGGAUAUCGAAAUAGAUAUCAAAGAAUAGGCGCAAUAGAGGAUUUAGAAAUAGCUAUCCAACAAUUCGAAGAAGCUCUUGAUGAAACACCAGAGAACCAUCCAGCUCGAGCAGGUCGAUUGGAGUCUCUUGGGAUCGGAUAUAGUGAUAGAUAUCACAGAAUAGGAGCAAUGGAGGAUUUGGAAAUAGCUAUCCAACGAUUCCAAGAAGCUCUUGACACUACACCAGAGAAUCAUUCCAUUCGAGCAGCUCGAUUUCAAACCCUCGGGAUCGUAUAUAAUGAUAGAUACCAAAGAACAGGAGCAAUAGAAGAUCUAGAAAUAGCUAUUCAACAAUCUCAGAAAGCUGUUGAUGCAACACCAGAGAAUCAUCCAGCUCGAGCAGGUCGAUUGGAGUCUCUUGGAAUUGGAUAUCGAGAUAGAUAUCAUAAAACAGGAGCAAUGGAGGAUCUGGAAACAGCUAUUCGGCGAUUCCAAGAAGCUCUUGAUGCUACACCAGAGAAUCAUUUAGAUCUCGCAGGUCGAUUGGAAUCUCUUGGGAUCGGAUAUCAAGAUAAAUAUCAAAGGACAGGAGCAAUAGAAGAUCUAGAAACAGCCAUUCAACAAUCUCAGAAAGCUUUUGACGCAACACCAGAGAAUCAUCCAGCUCGAGCAGGUCGAUUGAAAUCUCUUGGGAUCGGAUAUAGUGAUAGAUAUAGAAGAAUGGGAGCAGUGAAAGAUCUAGAUACAACUAUUCAACUAUAUCAAGAAGCUCUCGAUGCAACACCAGAGAAUCAUUCAGCUCGAGCAAAUCUAUUAGCAUUUCUUGGGACUGGAUAUAGUGAUAGAUAUCAAAGAACAGAAGCAAUAGAAGAUCUAGAAAUAACUAUUCAACGAUUCCAAGAAGCUGUUGACGCAACACCACAGAAUCAUCCAGCCCAAGCAGAUCGACUUCAAUCUCUUGGGGUCGGAUAUAGGAAUAAAUAUCAGAGAACAGGAGCAAUCAAAGAUCUAGAAACGGCUAUUCAGCACUUUACGAAAUCUAUCGAUCAAAUUUCAUCUCCAGUUAGCGCUCGAUUACGAUCCAGCAAGAUUUUGCUUGAAUUGUACGCUGUAGGCACGUCCUGGUCAUCAGCUUAUCGAGUUGCUUCCAAAAGUCUACUGUUAAUUCCCCUGCUUACACCCCGAUCUCUUCAGAAUUCUGAUAAACAACACUUGCUUGCUGAUAUAGUUGGCAUGGCUUCUGACGGAGCUGCGAUAGCGUUGAAUCUAGGACGGGAUCCGUUUGAUGCACUCAAAUUUCUCGAGCAAGGUCGCGGUGUCCUCGCAACAUCUCUGCAAGAAAUUCGUACAGAAACGCUCGAUCUGGAAAAGCAACACCUAGAGUUAGCAAAAGAAUUUAACUCCCUGCGGCAGCAGUUGGAUUCUCCGAUUGCAAAUUUAGUAUAUGAGCGUCAUGCACCCUCUGGACAGGAUCAAACAAGUAAACGUAAUGACGUAAGCAAGAGGCUCAAUGAGGUUAUUGAGGAAAUUCGCCAGCAAGAUGGAUUCAGAGACUUCCUACUUCCGCCAAGCAAGGAGGAAAUGGUGGCUGCUGCACGAUUAGGAUCAAUUGUGGUAAUAAAUGUUAGCAAGUACCGCUGCGAUGCAAUACUUGUUGAAAAACAUCAAAUACGGCUGUUACAUUUGCCAGACCUUAGCAAAAAGGAAAUUGAAGAAAAGUCGGUUGAAAUUUUGGGCACUCCCAAGGUUCUUGAAUGGCUAUGGGAUGUCGCAGUUCAUCCAAUAUUGGAAGCUCUUGGGUUUAUCCAGCCUCCAUCUGAUGGUAAUUGGCCUCAUGUAUGGUGGAUUACUACUGGACCUCUAAGCAAAUUUCCUCUUCAUGCCGCUGGCUACCAUAGUAAACCUUCUAUGGAAUCAACACUUGACAGAGUUAUGUCAUCUUACAGCUCCUCUAUCAAGACAAUUAUCCAUGCGCGGCGACGUUCUGUUGUGAACAAUAUGCUACAUACUCCUGCCCAUGCACUUCUUGUUGCCAUGAAAGUUACUCCAGGUUGUAGCAGUCUUCUAUUUGCCGAAGAAGAGAUCGUGGCAUUAAAAACCCUUUGCAAAUCGAUGAAUCUUAUCCCUCUUAAGGCAAAGGCUCAGAUGGAAAGCGUUAAGUCGCAUCUGCCUAAAUGCAAAAUUUUCCAUUUUGCUGGUCAUGGACACACGAAUCUGACAGAUCCUUCACGAAGCAGUUUGCUUCUAGAGGAUGGCCGUCUAACAGUAGCUACUCUUCUAGAAAUGAACCUCCGUGAAUCGUCACCAUUUCUCGCCUACCUCUCAGCAUGCGGUACAGGUCAGAUCGGAGACGAAAAGUUCUUUGACGAGAGUAUCCACUUGAUUAGUGCAUACCAGUUAGCUGGCUUCCGUCAUGUUAUUGGCACUCUAUGGGAGGUUAAUGAUGAAUCUUGUGUGGAUAUGACAAAUAUUACAUAUGGAGUGAUACAGGAUAGAGGAAUAACAGAUGAAUCGAUCUGUCGGGGGCUUCAUGAAGCUGUAAGAAAGCUUCGAACCUGUUGGUUAGAUGGGUCAUCAGAGAAAAGACGUGUGAGAAAGCGAAGACAGCUCGAAAAAAACAAAGCAUCUUUGGAGUGUAAUCAAGGAACAAGGAACGUGAGCAGCAAAGAACGGGAUACCAGAUUGCCAAGGAGUGUUUUGGAAGACGAUUCAGAUGAAGGAGAAGAUGAGAAAUCAAGAGGACCGUUGCAUUGGGUUCCAUAUGUUCAUUUUGGCGUAUAGUUUCUUUGUCUGAUUUUAUCUAGAAGCGAUUCAUUUACUAUGUAUAUGCAGCAAGCGUAGCAUCGAUUUGGAGCUAAUUAUUUUACUAUAGUCAAGUAUUCUUCUACGAGAAUAUAGACACGUUUUCA